AUGGCCGAGGCUGGCCCUGACGACGCGGACGGGCUGCUGGACGAGCUGGGGUCGCAGGAGCUGGAGGAGGACGACGGGGGCGAGGGCCCCGCUGCGGCAGCUGCGCAGCCCGAGCCCAUUGCCAUCGAGGCGCGCGAGAUCUACCAGAGCACGGGGUUCGACCGCGCUGGAGCGGAGCAAUGCAGCUUUGCGUGGCAGACGCUGCGGGCGCCCCAGGGCCCGGAGCAGUUCGCGCGGCCGCGGUUCCUGUUCAGCGACGACGCGCACUGGGACUGGUGGACGAGCUUCCCAGGAGUCGCGGCGGCCAUCCGAGAGGGCGCCCUGCUGCACAUCUGCACCGAGGAGCCGUGCAACGUGGACGCCCUCCCUCCGAACUGCCAGGAGGUGGCGCACGUCAGGGAUGCGCUGCGGCUGGACCUGACGACGGUGGCCGACGUGUACGCGCAGCGCCUGGAGCACAGCCCCGGGGCGAUAUGGCCCGCGGACCUCCUGGGCGCGCGCCGCGGCGGCGCUGCGGCAGGUGCUCGACGCCUCGCCCGCGCGAAGCCCGCCGCAGGAGGAGCUCCCGCACCCUUCGACGCGCUGCUCGGCGGGGGCCUCGCGCCGCGGGGCGGCGGGCCGACCCUGGACGAGCCGACCCCCAGGGAGGAGCUGAGGCGGGGGCUCGCCGCCGCGAAGGGCAAGUUCGAAGGAGCUGCGCCCGCAGCAGCGGCCCCAGUGCCAGCGGGCGCUGCAGAGCCGCGCCCAGCCGAGGUCAAGCCGCGCAAGCGAGGCCUGGGCGAGGUGCUCGCCGAGAGAGCGGCCAAGGUCGCUCGGCCCCUGGACGCGGAGCACGAGGCGAAGCACGGGAGUUGGCGGCAGCUUCAUGGCGGUGAUGAAGAGCUCGGCUGCGCAAGCCGCUGCAGGAGGAGACGCUGCCGCGGCGCGGGGGGGCGGCGGGGCCUGCCGCGGGGCCUCGCCGCCAAGCGCGCCUACUGCAGGGAGCUCGCGCAGGAAUCGCCUGGCCGGUUGAGCGAGCUCACGCUCGGGCAGAUGGCGGAGUUCCUCAGGGCGCUCGAGGGGGGCGCGUCCGUGGACCCGACCUCGGCGCUGGCGCUGCGCUACCUGCCGACGGUCUACCUGCCGCAGAAGCCAGAACGGCAGAUCGGCGCCCAGAUGUUCCGCGAGCCGCGGGCCCUCGCGGAGGCGAUCGACUUCCUCCUGCAGGGCAAGGUGCAGCACGCGCUGGACGUCCUGACGCAGCGCAUGAAGGCGGCGCAGGCUGCGAUCAGCGACGGGCACUGGAAGGCGGCGAAGUGGCUGGAGCUGAUCUCCGCGAGGGACGAGCCGACCACGCUCAGAAACGAGGAAGAGGAGAUGAUCCGCAGCAUCGAGCUAGGCGAGCUGAAGCCGGAGGAGCUCACGACUCGCCUGCGGCCCGAGGGCAGGGCCGCUCCGAGGGGCCCCGAGCAGCGGGUCGCCAGGCUCGACGGGGCGCCCCCCAUGUUCAUGACCGCGAAGGCAGCGCACGCCAAGAAGGAGGGCGCGAUGCUCGACUUGGAUAAGUUCGCGGCGCGGUCCCCGGCCUGUGGCAGCGGGCUGCUGCUGGUGUCUGAGGACUACCCCUGGCUGGAGGCGGAAGAGGUAAAGGGCCGCCGCGCGGCUGGAGUCACGGCGCGCUUCGGCACGACCAUGUCCGGGGUCGACCUGGCGGUCCACGCUGUGCAGCUGGUAGCUGAGGGCGCGUGGCUGUACGUGGUCGUGGUCGCCCUGAACUACAAGUACUGCGGCCGAUGCAGUGAGGUCAGCGCGCCCGCGGCCUACCAGGCACUCAGUGGGGCGACGGUCGACUACGCGGGGGAGCAAGCGGCCAAGGCCUUGCCCCGCGUGCUCGCGGGGCAGGCGCCCGGGCAGCCCAAGGCGGAGCACGCCGCGACGCUGGAUGCCCUUGACCACGUGGGGCCCGAGGUAGCAAAGUGGCUUGCCUGCCCCGAGAAGGCCGACUGGCGCGACCUUGCGGCGCACCUCGCGAGCCUCGGGAUCUUCACGGCGCCCCCGGAGGACGAGCUGAUCAGGGUCCAGGGCGAGCCGCUGCUCAGCCAGCCCUUCGCCGUGGAGAAGAAAGGAAGCUCAUGCUGCGGUCAGGCGACGACCAGCAGGGGGGCCUUCUUCGCGCGGAGGGCCCCAGCAGCCCGGCACCCCUACAUGGCGGUGGGGAGGCCGCUCCCUGGGGCACUCUUCGGGCGGCCCGAGCGCGUCGCCCACCUUGCGUCGGCCGCCAUCGCGAUGGGCUGGAUGCUGGCCGCGCCUGCGUACCAGCACAUCCACCGCAGGCUGCGCCGCCUGCCUUCGCCCGCGGGAGCGGGGCUGCCCAUCGAGCUGGAGUGGCGGAAGGGCGACUCGCGCCCCAUCGUCCAGGCCUGCAGCGGCCAGGACGCGGGCCAGUGGCAGGUCCUGAUCGACAACUUCGCCGCCCUGGAGAUCGUCGAGGAGAAGCGGGCCCGCCAGCUGCUCGGCACGGAGUCAGACCUCCAACGGCGCGCGCGGGACAGCUACCGGCGCGCGGGGGUCGCCCACUCGUCGGAGAAGGCGCACUUGCGACAGCUGCGCGUUGAACGCAGGGGGGCAGACGUGGACGGGGAGAGUGGCAGGCUGGCGGGGCCCAGGGACAAGCUCCCCACCACCGCCGCCCUCUGCCUCGCGACCCCGGCGGAGGACCUCGUGCCGUGGAGGCUCUGCGUGACGGUCCUCGGAAAGAUGAUGGUCGAGGAGCUGAUCUUGAGAAUCAUGCUGCUGCCCACCGCGGCUACCUCCAUGCGCAGCCGCAUUGGCGGCAUGGCCACCGUGUCCGACGCCCCCGAGUUCCGACGAGGCGUUUGCGUGUCCAAGGGCUUGAGGCGGGACGCCGAGCUGGGGCUCAACGCCUGCGGCGACAUCGCGGAGCACCUCGGCGUUGGCGCGCGGCUCCUCAACAUACCAGCCGACCCGCAGCGUCCGCGGAUGGCUUCGAGCCAGCGCAUCCCGAAGGAAAUCGUGCUCAAGGUGCUGAACGUCCUCGUCAUCGGCCUCGUCGACGGCAUCGGGGGCCUCGCCGCGGCGUUCUCGAGGCUGCCGGUGGGCAUCGUGGCCUACGUCGCGGCCGAGACGGACGCCAAGGCCAGGCGAGUGGUCAGACUGCGAUGGCCAGGUGCGAUCGACUGGGGCGACGUCGCGCAGGUCGACGGGACCCUGAUCCAGGACUUGUACGAGACGUUCAACGACAGCGUCGACAUCUGCGCGGCGGGCGCGGGGAGCCCGCGCCAGGACCUCUCGCGCCUCAACCUCAGUGGAGGGGGCCUGCACGGGCGCAAGAGCUCGCUGUUCUUCGAGGCCCCCAGGAUCUUCAAGCUCCUGCGGCUGCUCUUCGGCGCAAAGCUGCACGCGCUGCUCGAGAACGUCGCGGGCAUGGCGGAGGACAACGCGCGGGCCAUCUCUGAGUGCUUGGGGGUGGCCCCGUACCUCAUCUACUCCUCGGUCCUCGUCCCCUGCCGGAGGCCGCGACUCUUCUGGCUGAGCUGGCCGCUGCAGAUCGUGCCGCCCCAUCGCGUGGUCGACAGGGGCGUGGGUCUGGAGGUGGUCGGGGACGCAGGGUCGGCGCUCGACCUCGAGUGGGAGGACCCUGGCCGCUGCUGGCGAGGGCGGCCCCGCCCCUUCCCGGCGAGGGCGGCCCAGCCCCUACCCGAUUGGUAUGCUGCAGGCCGCUGCCGAGCGUCCCGGCGGCACCGCGCGGGCUUGCGCGGGCGUCAAGUGAGGCACACCGCCGUAGCCACGAAGGGCUCGAACUCGAGCGACGCCAAUGAUGCGAGGUGCUUCCUCCUCGGCAACAGUUUCUGCGUGCAUGUGGCGGCAUGGGCCUCGCAGCACAUCCUCCUGGCGGAGGGCGCCCUCUCGCGGCCGCCGGCGCUGGCAGAGCUGGUGCACGUGGGCGAGUGCCGCGAGACCUGUGGCCAGCGCGGGGCCCUCGAGGGCGACGCGGGCCUCCCCGACAGGGGCGAGGCGAGGCGGCCGGCACUGCAUUGCCUCAGCCGCGCCGAGAAGGGCAGUUCGGACAUCCGCCUGGACUGCGGCCUGCCCUACAGACCAAGAGGGCGGCCGCGGAGCAGCUUGGACCCGUUCGCGCGGCGCUGGCGCGCGGUCCUGAGCAUGGCCUGGACGCGCGGGCGACAGGCACGCAUCAACGCGAGGGAGUUGCAGGCGGCGCUGGCCGCGCUGCCCCGGCGGUCGCGAAAGGCCUGCGCCCACGGGUCGCGCUGGCCCCAUCUCGUGGACAGCCAGGUCGCGGCGGCGAUCGCCACGAAGGGCCGCAGCAGCAGCCGCCGAGUGCAGCCGGCGCCGAAGCGCUGGAUGGCGAUGUGCAUCGCGGCCGACAUGCACCCGCUGAUCGGCUACGUGAUGUCGGAGGACAGCCCAGCGGACGAGCCGCCCAGGAAGCUGCGGCGUGGGUGGCGGCCCAAGAGGCGCGGCGGAAGACCGCAUGUCACAUGUCGCCCUCGCGCGCAGGGCGCCGCUGCUGCGCUGAAGCGGCGCAGCCUGCGCGGGCAGACGUUGGCGUCGCUGCGGGUCGUUGCCGCGACCCGAAUGAGAUCCGCCAGAGCGGUACAGCACCUCCUCAGGCACUACGGGGUGAGCCCCCAGGAAGUCAACGCCCUCGACGUGGACGGCGAAGACGCCGACGGCCUCGUCGCCAACUACCUGGAGGCGAAGUGGCGAGAGGGGGCAGGCAUCGCGCUCGCCAACAACACCGUGGCGGGCGUCUGCUUCACGGUGCCCAGGCUACGGAGACGCCUGGACCUGUCGUGGGCGCUGCUGAAGGCGUGGCGACGGGCAGAGCCAGCAGCGAGGGCGUUGCCCUUCACGCCCGAGAUUGUCGGCGCCAUGGCGGGCCUGGCGGCGGACGCAGCGGCCUUCGACGUCGGAUGCCUGUUGCUCAUCAGCUUUGGAGGCCUCCUGCGGGGCGGCGAGGCGUUCGCCUUGACGACGGCAGACGUCUUGGACCGAGGCGAGGUCAUCGUGCUGCGGGUCAGCACGUCCAACACGACGGCGGGCAAGGAUGCCGCAGAGGCCGUCGUCAUCCGCUCGCGAGUCGCCAAGCGGAUGCUGAGGCUCGUGGUCCGGCAUCGGGCCCUCGGCGAGCCGCUCUCGUGGAGGUCGCCCGCGCAGUUGAGGAGCGCGCUGGCGGCGCUGACGCGAGGGUUGGGGCUGCCUGGGCCUUUCUCGUGGCAUUCCUGCCGGCGUGGAGGUGCCUCCGACGUUUUCUUGACGUCGUCCUCCAUGGAGGCCACGUUGGUGGCAGGCGGGUGGGCGUCGAGCAUGACCGCCCGCAUCUACGUCGAGGGCGCCGUCGCCGACCUCGUCCGGGUGCGGCCAAGAGACCAGGCCGCGGCGGCCGUGCGCCACAGAUUGCGGCUCCUGAAGGCUUUCGCAGAGUUGUGA